CUCCAAUAGGACCCUACUUCUUUCACCCAGGCAGUGACCCACAGGUAGGACUCAUUAGUAACCCUUUGUACAACAAGCUAUAGCAAUAAAACCAGAGCUAAAUGGACAGGUAAAUUUCCACCAUGGAUUGGAAAACAUUCCAAGGAUUACUCAGUGGUGUGAAUAAGUACUCUACAGCAUUUGGGCGCCUAUGGCUCUCUGUUGUCUUUGUGUUUCGUGUUCUUGUCUACGUGGUGGCAGCAGAAAAAGUAUGGGGAGAUGAGCAGAAAGAUUUUGACUGUAACACUCGGCAGCCUGGUUGCACCAAUGUCUGCUAUGAUUUCUAUUUUCCUAUUUCUCACAUCCGACUCUGGGCACUACAGCUUAUAUUUGUAACCUGCCCAUCCCUCUUGGUCAUUAUGCAUGUGGCUUAUAGGGAGGACAGAGAGAAAAAGAACAAACUAAAAAAUGGAGAAAACUGCUCCAAGCUGUACUCAAACACAGGCAAAAAGCAUGGUGGCUUGUGGUGGACCUACCUAUUAAGUCUCUUUUUUAAGACCGGCAUUGAGAUCACCUUCCUUUAUAUUCUGCACAGAAUAUGGGAUAGUUUUGAUAUCCCACGUCUUGUAAAAUGUAACGAUGUGGCCCCUUGUCCUAACAUUGUGGAUUGCUACAUUGCCCGACCCACUGAGAAAAGGGUCUUCACCUACUUUAUGGUAGCAGCUUCUGGUCUCUGCAUCAUCCUCAGUGUCUGUGAGAUUUUCUACCUCAUAUUCAAGAGGGUAGUAAACUCCAUUAGCAAGUAUAAGAAGUCAAGUAACCACUCUGUAACCUACAGUAAAGCUUCUACCUGCCAGUGCCAUAUUCGACUAGAAAGCAUGGAUAAAAAUCCAAUGAACAAAACUAUAGAUGACAUAAGAGUAUCUGCACCCAACUUGACAUCCAUAUAAACAAAACUAUUGGCUUUUUAAUUCAUGGACAUAAUGUGUAUUAAGGGACAAGGCCAAACUGUUAAUCUAUUAGCUCGCUUUUCUAUACUGCUAUGUCAUCAAAGGGGGGUGCUGAGUAAACAAGUAUGCUGAUAAAGACACAGCUGAUCAUACCUCUCAAUGCUGCCGGACAUCAUGCUCCCAAUGUUUACAAAAUAGAACUCUGAGUUAUGACAGUCUCAGAAGAUCAAAAGAAAGCUUGAUGGACAUUGCAAAGGAAAAUCACACUAAUACAGCACACUGGGUGAAAAUUAUAACAAGUGGACUCAGUUUAUCUUUUCCUUGAGUAAAGACUUUUUUUAGUCCACAGAUUUUCAUUUGAUAGUUUGUUCAAGGUUACUGAAACCUAUCAACCAGUUAAAAAGAGACUUAAAUAGCAACUGCCUUCUGAUUACCUGUAUUUUACUCUUUGGAGCUAUGGAGCUCUACUGUAUUUUUUGGUUUUGUUUGUUUUGGGUUUUUUUUGUUUUGUUUUUUGAAAGGUUGGAAUGAAAUCUGGUCAGGAGACAAUGGCAAGUUUCUCAGUUGAUUUAUCAUAUUAUUGGUGAUCUGUGACAGACCCACCUAUAUACACAGAUUGCACAAACUACUGAUCAUGGAUCUUCUAACCAAGUACUAGUCAGAUGAUACUGCCAGCUAUUACAACUGGACAUGACAUAACCAUAGCAUAUAAAUAAAUUCAAUAUUUUGCAACAUGUAAUGUAUAGUUAGGGUACGAAACAGUACUUGUAAAACCUAUGUAGUCAUGAUUCUCCAAUUGUUUGCUAGCUAUAUAGACUAGGUUGGUUUAACAUAAGUAUUCCUAAAUAAAAUUCCAAGACAUGCUUGUAUGUGCCCUGCUGAUAAUAAAAGAUCAGCUCCUCACUGGCAAAGAUAAUUUCCUCAGAUCCAUUGGCGGACAGAGGCGCAUCUCCACAUCUAGGUGCAUAUAAAGAAAUUGUUAAUAUCAGUUUAUGGUAGUCCCUAUUUGCACACAAACAAAUCAGUCGUAUGGCAAUCCCAUGUGAUCAUGUAAGAGUAUACAUAAUAUUAAAGGGCCACUAAACUUCUAUUCUAUCUUUCUUUCAUGAUUUAGAUAGAACAUACAAAUUUAAACAACAUUACAAUUUACUUCUAUUAUUUAUUGUAUUCAUUUUUUAGAUAUCCUUAUUUGAAGAAAAAGCAAUGCACAUGGGUGAGCCAAUCACAUGAGGCUUCUAUGUUCAGCAACCAAUCAGCAGCUACUGAGCAUAUCUAGAUAUGCUUUUCAGCAAAGAAUAUCAAGAGAAUAACACAAAUUAGAUCAUAGAAGUAAAUUAGAAAGAUGUUUAAAAAUGCAUUCUCUUUCUAAAUCAUGAAAGAAAAAAUGUGGGUGUCAUGUCCCUUUAAGCAAAUUUAUAUUUUUAUACAGGAAUAAGUGCAUUAUAAAAUGUACUAACAUAUUCACUGCCAUAUAUAUCACCUACUUACUGCCAAGAUAACUGAAGGACAAAAUGAAACCAUUAAAGGGAUGUCAUUUUUUUAUAUUUUUGUAUGGUAUAAAUAUCAGCAAUUAAGCUCUGUGUACAAAAUAAAUGUUAUAUUUUCAUAGCAAAAAUUGCUGUUUUGAGAUUUACUAGCAGUCAAGAGAUACACCCCUUGAAAAACCUCUUCAUUGGCCUUAUAUGGUCUCCAUUGCUUUGCCAUAUAUUAAAGGUAUAUAACAAGUCAGUAGUAUGCUGGAACUGAGAUCAGCAUCAUGUGCGCCCACUUGCAUGCUAGAGGUGCUGAUCUCAGUGCCAACAAAGGCACUGAUUGACAAAUAUGUUCUGUGAGCUGUGCACACAAAGCUGAAGUAGCAUUAAAAAAAAAGUGCUAAAGAAUAAAAAAAAAAUGGAAUGCACUUUGCAUUGCAAAAUACCUUGCAAUAGUAUACUGGGGUUGUAAAACCACAGCACACUAUUGAUUUCUAUAUGACUUUAAAGUUACAUGUAAAUAAGGCCCGCACUGAGAAAACCAAUCACUGUAACAUGGUGCGGGGAAGUGAACUACAUCAUACCUAUGCAUUUAGUAUGCACUGGCGCCCUUUUAAUGGGCGUGAACAAAAUACAAUUUUUAGAGGUAGAAAUAAAGAAAAGGGCAAUAUAAAUAUUUUUUUUUGCAUUGCUUUUUUCAUAUAAGCUCAAUUAAAGCAUUUAAUUUUGAGUUUAAUGUCUCUUCAAAGAAAAUAAACCAAUGUUAGAUAAUAGAUAAUAUAGGCAUUAUCUUUUGUCGUCAUAUUAAAAAAAAUGUUGCAAAUGAAAAGUAAUAUUGAAUUAAUAUUCCUUGUAAUUAAUAUCAACUGGUACUUUCUAUUCCAGGGAAAUGAUUAAAAAUGGAGGUACUUAUAGAGAUUUUUGUAUAUCAAAGAAGCACAUCUCAGCCGCACCUGUAUUUAUUAUUUAUGUAUAAUUGUAUAUUUUAUUAAAAUGUCAGUUUUUCUAUAUAUA